AAAAAGUCAAGUAAGGAAGACUUAUCACACUCUUUUCCACAUCUCUGAAACAACACACAGACCUGCUUCGAUUCAGCGCCACUAGCUUCCAUUAACCAUUUCUCCGUUGAUUCCGCUUUCCCAUUACCCCUUUUCUCACCCUUCUCUCUCCUUCCUCUUUCCGCAAUCAUCGCACCACUGCCGUACUAUUAACCGAGAAAGAAAAAAGAGAGAAUUUUCUUACCAGUUACUUCAAAAAGGAGAAUCAUGAUGUGGGUUUUGGUAUAAAAUUCAAUCCCACUUCCAUUCACGAAUCCAAAAACCUUUUCUUGUAUUGGGUUUCGUUUAAAAUCUCGAUAUGCUUUUUGGAAAUCUCUGAGUUUCUUUAUUUUUUGAUGGGUUGUGUUACUUCGAAGCAAACGGUGUCAGUGACGCCGGCGAUUGAUUAUUCCGGUGCUAUACGGGAUAAUGGGGAACUGGGUCAGUCUGGGAGGAAGAGUGAAAACGGGAAAAAGAAGAAGAAGAGGACGGAUUCGGGUGUGAGUGAUUGCGAUUUGAGUGAGUUGGGGAAAUCUAACUCCAUUAACGAGUUUGUGAGCUUCAGGAUGGGGAAUGUAAGGAGAAACGUGGCUGAAGAACAGCUCGCCGCUGGAUGGCCGACGUGGCUUACUGCUGUCGCCGGCGAAGCUAUUCAAGGUUGGGUGCCUCUUAAUGCUGACUCAUUUGAGAAGAUGGAGAAGGUUGGACAAGGUACAUACAGCAGUGUAUUCAAAGCACGCCAAACCGAAACUGGCAAGAUAUUUGCUCUUAAGAAGGUCAGGUUCGAAAAUUUUGAGCCUGAAAGUGUUAGGUUUAUGGCACGAGAGAUAAACAUCCUGCGAAAACUCCAUGAUCAUCCCAACAUCAUUAAAUUGGAAGGCCUGAUUGCUUCCAAACUGUCAUGUAGCUUAUACCUCGUGUUUGAGUAUAUGGAACACGACGUUGCUGGUCUUGUCUCCAAUCCCGACCUCAAAUUCAGUGAAUCUCAGGUUAAAUGUUACAUGAAACAACUUUUGUUGGGUAUUGAGCAUUGUCACUCUAAGGGUAUAAUGCAUAGAGACAUUAAAGGCGCGAAUCUAUUAGUGAAUGAUAAUGGGACAUUGAAGGUGGCUGAUUUUGGUUUGGCUAAUUCGUUUGGUCAAAAACAACCAUUAACUAGUCGGGUUGUGACCUUAUGGUAUCGACCUCCAGAGCUUUUACUAGGUUCCACGAAUUAUGGAGCCUCGGUUGAUCUUUGGAGCAUCGGUUGUGUAUUUGCAGAACUUCUUCUUGGUAAACCUAUUCUUCAAGGAAGAACCGAGGUUGAGCAACUGCAUAAGAUCUUUAAGCUUUGCGGUUCGCCACCAGAAGAUUACUGGAAAAAAUCCAAACUUCCUCAUGCAACGUUGUUUAAAUCUCAAAAUCCAUACGAAAGCUCUUUGUGGGAAACUUGUAAAGAUUUGCCAAAAACGGCUGUUGAGCUUAUAGAAACUCUGUUAUCGGUUGAACCACAUAAACGAGGGACAGCCACUUCUGCUCUGGCAUCCGAGUAUUUCUCGACAAAGCCUUAUGCAUGCGAACCUUCGAGUUUCCCAAAAUAUCCACCUAGUAAGGAGAUUGAUGCCAAAUAUCGCGAAGAACGUGCAGAGAAGAAACCGAUUGAAAGAGCCCGAGUAUCUGAUACAACGAGAAAGCUUACGAGAAGAAGACCAAAUGUAAUCAACAAGUUAGCUCCUGCAGAGGCUUUGAAUAGCACUAGAAAGAUAAACGAUUUGAAAGAAAUAGAAGUCAGCUCUCAAAGGAGGGAAGCUCCGAAAACAUCAUCAUCAUCAAUAGAUGCGACAAAGGAAGAGGGUUCUAGCCAUACGAAGAAUGCAUCAUCUCAAGGGGAUGUUCCAUUUUCUGGUCCACUCCAAAUUUCAGGGUCGAGUGGAUUUGCAUGGGCUAAACGAAGGCUAGACGAAUCUUCUGUUAAGUCACAUAGUCGGUCAAGUUCAAGAAGCCUUUUUGAACCUAUAAGAGGUGAAGACGAAGAUGAGAGGAUCAGACAGGCUAUGCUGAAACAAUGGAGUCAGUUUGAUCAACCAGACUCCUUUGAUGCUUCAGAUGAAUAUCACUCGCAGGAACUGUCGAUGACACUUUAUAACCGCAAUCGAAACAAUGUGGGUUAUCAAGAUCGUCGUCAAGGAGAUGAGAAAGUAGAAUUUUCGGGACCUCUUUUAUCUCAAUCGCAUAAAGUAGAUGAGCUUUUGGCAAAGCACGAUCGUCAGAUUCGCCAAGCAAUUCGGAAAUCAUGGUUCCAUAGAGGUAAGAAGCGAUGAAUCCUCGAAAGAUACAUUGGGUAGUUGUUCGAAUUGAACAUCGAGUUAUUGGAAUAUGAAAUAACAUAAUGGAAACGAAAGAAUCGUCAACAGUUUUUCCACUUAUAUAUAUUUCUAUGAUAAUUCAAUUUAGGUUAUGAAAUUGUUGAAUAGUGUGUGUGAGACAUUUUUUUGACAAUUUAUAAAACUAACUAGAAAAAAUAGUCUUAUGUACAUGUUCUUGCUCUACACUACUAU